GAGAUCGCGCUUCAGCCAGUAGCUGUCCGCCUGCGACUGCGAGCGUAUCCUCCAGCGGAGACUGCCGGCACUACAGCAGAGACUGGCCGAGUAGCCGACAUGGCGUGGAUCGCGACAGUGCUGCUUUUAGUGAUGGUGACAAUCGCCAACGCAUCUGUUAUUGGCAUACCACGGGGAACCUCCACGUCGCUGGCAUCUGGUGGAGAAGACUACAGGGAUGGCUUCCACGCGGCGGCUGGCCUGAUGGAGGACGCCGCAGCUGACGGCCUGGGCUACAUGUCCGGUGUCCGACUCUACUCUGGGGUGUCAGAGGGCGACAGCGGCCUCAGCACCGCGGCCAGAGAAGCUGGAGAAGAAGCUGCCAGAGCCGGUCGCAGGGUGGUCCGUCAGACACCUCCAGGCACAGUGUACGACCAUAUUUUCAACAUCCCAAAGACGGUGCUACGUACUGUGAACCAGGGGUUGAACAACAGACAAGAUGAAGAAGAAAAGUUUCCAAUUUCUGAUGAGGAAGUUGAAGAUUAUAAUGAUGAUGAAUAUAGUGAAUAUGAAGAAUAUCAUGAUGAUGGAGAGUAUAGUGAUUAUGAAGACUAUGACAGUGAUGAAGAAUAUGCUGAUGAUGAAGAAGAUCACAAUAAUGACAAAAUUUAAAUCUAUAAUUUAUUUGAUUAGAGACAGUUUGGCCAUAGAAUGUAUAUACAACG